AGUUCGUAAAGUUCUAAUGGCGGAUUCUCGCUGAAAAUGUGAAAUGCGUUUUGUUUUUGUUUAUUUCUGGAUUAAUGUGAGUUUAUAAAUGCAUUUAAUGUGAGCAGUUCCGCCUCUGAAAUGGCGACAUUAGUUUUGGAUAACGGAGCGUACACGGCGAAGAUCGGAUACAGCCAGGAGAAAGUCAGCGUCAUCCCAAACUGCCAGUUUCGCUCAAAGACGUCCAGGUUAAAAACCUUCACUGCAAACCAGCUGGAUGAGAUCAAAGAUCCUUCGGGGCUCUUCUACAUCCUCCCCUUCCAGAAGGGUUACCUGGUGAACUGGGACGUCCAGAGGAAGGUGUGGGACCACCUGUUUGGAAAGGAGAUGUUUAAGGUGGAUUUUGCAGACACGAGCAUCGUCAUCACCGAGCCCUACUUCAACUUCACCUCCAUUCAAGAGUCCAUGAACGAGAUCCUGUUUGAGGAGUACCAGUUCCAGUCGGCACUCAGGAUCAAUGCUGGCUCUCUUAGUGCUCAUCACUACUUCCACACAAACCCCUCCGAGCUCUGCUGCAUGGUGGUGGACACUGGGUUCUCCUUCACCCACAUCGCCCCCUAUUGCCGCAGCAGGAAAAUGAAGGAGGGCAUCCGCAGGAUCAACGUGGGAGGGAAGCUGCUGACCAAUCACCUGAAGGAGAUCAUCUCUUAUCGUCAGCUGCAUGUGAUGGACGAGACUCACGUGAUCAACCAGGUGAAGGAGGACGUGUGCUACGUCUCGCAGCAGUUCUACAAGGACAUGGAGAUCGCCCAGGCCAAGGGCGAGGAGAACACGGUGAUGAGGGAUUACGUUCUUCCAGAUUUCAGCUCCAUUAAGAAAGGCUUCUGCAAGCCCCGUGAAGAGAUGGUCUUCAGUGGGAAGUACAAAACAGGAGAGCAGAUCCUGAGGCUGGCCAACGAGCGCUUCGCCGUCCCCGAGAUGCUAUUCCACCCGUCCGACAUCGGGAUCCAGGAGAUGGGAAUCCCAGAGGCCAUCGUCCACUCAGUGGAGUCGCUGCCUGAAGAGAUGCAGCCGCACUUCUACCGGAACGUCGUGCUGACCGGAGGGAACACGCUGUUUCCCGGCUUCAGAGAGCGGCUGGAGGCGGAGCUGCGGGCGCUGGUCCCCGCCCACCUGCCCGUGUCUGUCGUGUUUCCUGCAAAUCCCGUGUGUUACGCCUGGGAGGGCGGGAAGCUGCUGGCUCAUAAUCCUGACUAUGACGAGAUGGUGGUGAUGCGGGAGGACUACGAAGAGAACGGGCACUGCAUCUGCGAGGAGAAGUUCGACAUUUAGGAGUUCAAACUGAGCAGAAACAUCGAUAGUGAUGAUUUCACACGUGUCCUGCUACCAUAGCAACAGUGUGUGUAAAGUGUGGAGUCUGGGUGGGGCAGGUUUACAGGUGGUGGAGACUGAGGGUCCCCGAACCUGCAGGUCUGGAUGCUCCGUCCUGGGACGGCGGGGCUCGGGGCAUUCAAACCACUGCCGCUGUCUUCCUGACGUUUAUCCCCGAGAACCUGCAGCAGCCGCCUGCCUCCACCUCUGCUGGCUCAGUGGAGACGGAGGUGUGCCCGCCGCCGGGAGAUAAAAGGCCCAAGGUCGAAGUCGUGACUCAUAAAUGUGAUGUUUCAGCUCUUUAUUUAAACUUGGGAAUAAAAGUGAGUGAGCAGCCCCAGAUGAUCACUGAAUGAAUAAACUGUAAGUGGACGAGACAUUAGUCAGAAAACUGUUUUUGUUUGUUUUUACAGUAUUUUUAAUGUUUGUGUUCUU